AUGGCGGCGUGUGGACGUGUACGGAGGAUGUUCCGCUUGUCGGCGGUUCUGCAGCUGCUGUUCUUUGCCGCGGCCGGGGCCCAGAAAGCCCCCAGCCAGGGCGGCCACGGCCAGGGCCCGGGCCCGGCUGCCAACUUCGUGCCCUUAGGGCAGGUUGGCGGCGGCGCGCCCGCGCUUCCGCAGCAGCCUCAUCCACCUCAGCUCCAGCUCCAGCAGCAGCAGCAGCAGCAGCAGCAACCGCCUCAGCCUCCGCAGCCUUUCCCGGCGGGUGGGCCUUCGGCCCGGCGGGGCGGAGCGGGGCCCGGCGGCGGCUGGAAGCUGGCCGAGGAAGAGUCCUGCCGGGAGGACGUGACCCGUGUGUGCCCCAAACACACCUGGAGCAACAACCUGGCGGUGCUCGAGUGCUUGCAGGACGUGAGGGAGCCUGAAAAUGAAAUUUCUUCAGACUGCAAUCAUUUGUUAUGGAAUUACAAACUGAACUUAACUACAGAUCCCAAAUUUGAAUCCGUGGCCAGAGAAGUUUGCAAAUCUACCAUAUCAGAGAUUAAAGAAUGUGCUGAUGAACCAGUUGGAAAAGGCUACUUGGUUUCCUGCCUGGUGGACCACAGAGGCAACAUCACCGAGUAUCAGUGUCACCAGUACAUUACCAAGAUGACAGCUAUCAUUUUCAGUGAUUACCGUCUCAUCUGUGGCUUCAUGGAUGACUGCAAAAAUGACAUUAACAUUCUGAAAUGUGGCAGCAUACGGCUUGGAGAAAAGGAUGCACACUCACAAGGCGAGGUGGUGUCAUGCUUGGAGAAAGGCCUGGUGAAGGAAGCGGAAGAAAGCGACCCCAAGACUCAAGUCUCUGAAAUCUGCAAGAAAGCCAUUCUCCGGGUGGCUGAGCUGUCAUCGGAUGAUUUUCAUUUAGACCGGCAUUUAUAUUUUGCAUGCCGUGAUGAUAGGGAACGUUUUUGUGAAAAUACACAAGCUGGUGAAGGUAGAGUGUACAAGUGCCUCUUUAACCACAAAUUUGAAGAGUCCAUGAGUGAAAAAUGUCGAGAAGCACUGACAACCCGCCAAAAGCUGAUUGCCCAGGAUUAUAAAGUCAGUUAUUCUUUAGCCAAAUCCUGUAAGAGUGACUUGAAGAAAUACCGGUGCAACGUGGAAAACCUCCCUCGCUCCCGGGAAGCCAGACUCUCUUACCUUCUAAUGUGUUUGGAGUCUGCGGUACACAGAGGGAGACAAGUAAGCAGUGAAUGCCAGGGCGAGAUGUUAGAUUAUCGGCGCAUGUUAAUGGAAGACUUUUCUCUGAGCCCUGAGAUCAUCUUGAGCUGUCGUGGGGAAAUUGAACACCACUGUUCUGGAUUACAUCGAAAAGGGCGAACUCUACAUUGUCUGAUGAAAGUAGUUCGAGGAGAGAAAGGGGACCUUGGAAUGAACUGUCAACAAGCGCUUCAAACACUGAUUCAAGAGACUGACCCUGGUGCAGAUUAUCGCAUUGAUAGAGCUUUGAAUGAAGCCUGUGAAUCUGUAAUACAGACGGCCUGCAAACACAUAAGAUCUGGAGACCCAAUCAAAGCCUCACAGCUCUCGAGGGAGUGCCGAGCUGAAGUCCAGAGGAUCCUGCACCAGCGGGCCAUGGAUGUGAAGCUGGACCCUGCCCUGCAAGACAAGUGCCUGAUUGACCUGGGCAAGUGGUGUAGUGAAAAAACGGAGACCGGACAGGAGCUUGAGUGCCUCCAGGACCAUCUCGAUGACUUGGCUGUGGAGUGCAGAGAUAUAGUUGGCAACCUCACAGAGUUAGAGUCCGAGGAUAUUCAAAUUGAAGCCUUGCUGAUGAGAGCCUGUGAGCCCAUCAUUCAGAACUUCUGCCACGAUGUGGCAGAUAACCAGAUAGACUCUGGAGAUCUGAUGGAGUGUCUGAUACAAAACAAGCACCAAAAGGAUAUGAAUGAGAAAUGCGCCAUUGGAGUCACCCACUUCCAGCUGGUCACCAGUCUCGAGCCAUUUCCUUUCCUUUUCAGGGUGGAUGUGGUGAUCUGCCUGAGCACCACCGUGCGCAAUGACACCCUGCAGGAAGCCAAGGAGCAUAGGGUGUCCCUGAAGUGCCGCAAGCAGCUCCGGGUGGAGGAACUGGAGAUGACUGAAGACAUCCGCCUGGAACCAGACCUCUACGAAGCCUGUAAGAGUGACAUUAAGAACUACUGUUCUGCUGUGCAGUACGGGAAUGCUCAGAUUAUUGAAUGUUUGAAAGAAAACAAGAAGCAACUGAGUGUCCGUUGUCACCAGAAAGUAUUUAAGCUGCAAGAGACUGAGAUGAUGGACCCUGAACUAGACUACACACUUAUGAGAGUCUGCAAGCAAAUGAUAAAGAGGUUCUGUCCUGAAGCCGACUCUAAAACCAUGCUGCAGUGCUUGAAGCAAAAUAAAAACAGUGAACUGAUGGAUCCCAAAUGCAAACAGAUGAUUACCAAGCGCCAGAUCACCCAGAACACAGAUUACCGCUUAAACCCUGUGUUGAGGAAAGCAUGUAAAGCUGACAUUCCUAAAUUCUGCCAUGGAAUCCUGACUAAGGCCAAAGAUGAUUCGGAGCUGGAAGGUCAAGUCAUCUCUUGCCUCAAGCUGAGAUAUGCUGACCAGCGCCUGUCUUCAGACUGUGAGGACCAGAUCCGGGUAAUUAUUCAGGAGUCUGCUCUCGAUUACCGACUAGACCCUCAGCUCCAGCUGCACUGCUCAGAAGAGAUCUCUAGCCUUUGUGCUGAAGAAGCAGCAGCCCAGGAACAGACAGGUCAAGUAGAAGAGUGUCUCAAAGUUAACCUGCUCAAAAUCAAAACGGAAGCAUGUAAAAAGGAAGUGUUGAACAUGCUGAAGGAAAGCAAAGCAGACAUCUUCGUGGACCCCGUCCUUCAUACCGCUUGUGCCCUGGACAUCAAGCACCACUGUGCAGCCAUCACCCCUGGCCGAGGGCGUCAAAUGUCCUGCCUUAUGGAGGCCUUGGAGGACAAGCGUGUGAGGUUGCAGCCAGAAUGCAAAAAGCGCCUCAAUGACCGGAUCGAAAUGUGGAGUUAUGCAGCAAAGGUGGCCCCCGCAGAUGGCUUCUCUGAUCUCGCCAUGCAAGUGAUGACAUCCCCGUCAAAGAAUUAUAUUCUCUCCGUGAUCAGCGGGAGCAUCUGCAUACUGUUCCUGAUUGGCCUGAUGUGUGGACGUAUCACCAAGCGAGUGACACGAGAGCUCAAGGACAGGUAGAGCCACCUUGACCACCAAAGGAACUACCUGCCCAGUGCCCUGUUUGUACAGCCCUCCUGUAUAGUGUACUACUCACCUCGCCCUUCUGAGAGGGUGCACCAACACCCAUGUUAGAGCAGCAGCAGGUAGCCUCCACAUUGUCCCAUCUCAAACGUCAGCCAUGUCCACAGCGGCCCUCGUCCUCAGCCCUUUGUGCAGCAGCAGCAGCAGCAGCAGCAGCUGACCGCUUCAGUCCCUGCCUUUGUGGGCACACAUUUGUUGACCUACCUGCAGACAAGUCUCUCUCGUACCAACUCAACUACCAGGACUUCCAGAACCAAAUAACCUGACCUGCAACUCAACUGAUUUUUUUUUUAAACACCCCCCAAAAAGGAAAGCAAUUUUUAAAGAAAGGGAAAAACAAAAAAUGUGUAUAGUAAUGAAUUUCCUCCAGGCUUGUUUUGGGCAAUGGGGUUAUUUCCUCUGUGUGACUGUGAGGUGAAGGCAGGGCUAUAGAGGUAAGCACACCCAGUCUCCUCCAACUCAGAAGCACUGUCAAACCUUGGACAUCAACCA